CAACAAUCUCUGUCUACAAACACAUGGGCCACUUACCAAACAGUCAUCAAUGCCUUGCACCAGUUCCGGUCCACACACCAGCUACAAAAGUUUGGAUGGUGGGAUCCAGCUACAUGGCCAGGGCACGACAGUACUUGCUCCUGAAUGGCACCAGUCCGAACCAACCGAGGAUGCUAUGGCUGGCACGAGGGGGGAUGAGGUGGAAGGAGGUGGACACCAUUCUAGAUGCACAGGUCAAGGCGACACGGCGCAGCCCCAGAGCCCUCAUCAUUCACCUGGGCUCCAACGACCUGUGCUCGGUCAAGGGCAGCCAACUCUACCUUGACAUGGUGGCAUCAAUCCUUCGGAUACAACUCCAGCUUCCUGACACCAAGGUCAUCGUAUCGUCAAUGCUACCCAGGCGCUACUGGCACGAUGCCAGGGAUCCACUAAAGAUCGAGGGGAUGCGGAAGAAUAUCAACCGCCGACUGGGCAACCGAGUCAAAGAGCUUGGCGGUACAAUAGUGCCACAUCCCCAGAUCCUAGCAUCAGACAAGACAUGGUAUGCCUGGUAG